AUGUCAUCUUCCUUAAAUUUGGAAUCUCAAUUGAUCAAAUUUUUAGCAAUAGCUUUGAAUAUUUUAGAUAUGACGAAUGCAUCGAAGUCAUUACGUCGAAACCGGCCAGGCACCAAAGCAAGCGACUGGUGCAGUUGGCCAGAUGAAACUCUAGAUAGUAUGGACUCACUCUAUCAUAUUCAACAAUAUAUCCAACAAAUUAUUCGACGGAAUCCAUCGGAUAUUGAUGCGAUAUUAAAAGUACCUGACCAGCAGGAUGAAGGCGUAUGGAAAUAUGAACAUCUCAGACAAUUUUGUCUGGAACUUAACGAUUUAACCGUUUUUCUGCAAAAAGAAUGUUUACCAGAUACUUGCACACAGAUGACCGCAACUGAACAAUGGAUAUUCUUAUGUGCAGCACAUAAAAAUCCGAAAGAAUGUCCAGCAAUCGAUUAUACCAGACACACCCUCGAUGGUGCUGCUUCUCUCUUGAAUAGUAGUAAAUAUUUUCCCAGCCGAAUCUCUAUCAAAGAUACUUCCAUAGCCAAAUUAGGCAGUGUUUGUCGUCGCAUUUACCGUAUAUUUUCUCAUGCUUACUAUCAUCAUCGUACACUUUACGAUGAUUUCGAAGAACGUACACAUCUCUGUCGCCGUUUUACCGUCUUUGCUUUACGUUAUGGUUUAAUUCCUAAAGAUAACUUAAUCGUUCCAAUCAAUGGCAUUAAUCAAGAUGUCACGACUAUUAUGCAACAGCAAACCUCUCCUAUUCAAACACAUUCAGCUCAAACGUUAGAUAAUGGCAUUAGCUCACCCUCAUCGUCAAGUGCAUCGGAAAGCGAAGCAUAG